AACGAAGGAAUACUGGAUUAGAAGGGGUUUUGUUAUAAUUGGGCUUGAUAGGUGUGGGCCGGGUUAUUUUCUUCAGACAACAGCACGUGAGGACAAAGGUCCACCCAAGAAUUUUUACACUAAAACCAACAAGAGUUGGAUCAAGUGAUAAGCAGAUUAAUGUUGCUUAAGGAAGGUCUCGAGUUCGAGCCUCACCGAAUAUAAAAAACUUUUGUUGGGAGACUCACCCAUCACAGGCUAAAGUGUGCAACCCAAGUCAUCGGAUUGAAAUGUAGUCAAUCGGGUGGGGCAAACUAAAAAAAAAUGUAUUUAGAAAAAAAUAUGAUCAAAUUUGUGACUUUAACACGGUACAAUCUCUUGUGACUUUUCUUCCCCUCUUUUCCUAUAUAAACCAAAUUAUCUCAACUCUUAAACACACCAUCAACAAAUCAAAAUCCAAACUUCAAUUCAUUCAAUAAGCAAGUCUUCCAAGAUGAGCCCCUCCUUAAGACCCCUCCUCAUUUCCUGCCUCGUAAUCAUACUAGCUUCCGCAAUCUCCACACCCAUCCGCGCAGCCACCUUUACAGUUAAAAACCAAUGUGGCUACACCGUGUGGGGCGCUGCACUACCCGGUGGUGCAAAGGAAAUGCCCUCCGGUGACACAUGGAAUUUCGAUGUCGAUCCCAGCACGUCUGCUGGCCGUGUUUGGGGUCGUACCGGAUGCACCUCCAGUGGGUCCAACAGCCUUAAGUGCACCACAGGAGACUGUGGUGGUGGGCUAUUCGACUGCGGUACAAACUCUGGGGCACCCCCAUUAACCAUAGCUGAGUAUACUUUAACAAACACACAGGAUACCAUAGAUAUAUCUUUGGUUGAUGGGUUUAAUGUACCCAUGAGUUUUAAGGCGGCUAGUGGAUGCGACAAUACCCCCUCUUGCGCUGCUAAUGUUCUCGAUUCGUGUCCUUCCGACCUUAAGGUUGAUGGUGGGUGUUUAAGCGCUUGCAAUAAGUACAAUACUGAUGAAUAUUGUUGUAGGAACCAAUAUGAAACAAAUUGUCCUCCAAAUAACUACUCCAUGAUUUUUAAGAAUUUGUGCCCACAAGCUUAUAGUUAUGCUAAGGAUGAUCAAACUAGCACCUUUGUUUGCCCUCAUGGUACCAACUAUGUAGUUACAUUUUGUCCUUGAUGUAUAAUAUGGAGGUGGUAUGUAUAGUACUCCUUAUAUAUAGUUUAUCAAGUAUGUUGUACUGUAUAUUAAAUGAAUAAAUGUAAUGCUAUCCUAUUGUAUUAAUCUUGCUUUCAAUAAUGUGUCACUAAAGUAAAGCUCAUGUAUAUCAAGAAUGAAUUUAACAAAGUUUUUGUUACAUUUAAAACA